AUGGCUACACUCCCUGCCAGGUUAUUUGAUGUCCUCUGUUUAGAAAGAGGAUGUUGUCGGCACCGCGGCGAUCCUCGUAUCCAGCUCCAUGUUCUCAUCCAUCCAAAGAUGUCUAUAUUUCGCAAAUGCAACGUUGACAAUGGCAUAUCUCAACAUUUUUGGAUCAAAACUAUCCCUUGGUUAACACACUUAGUCGUUCUUGACCUAAAAUUCAUCUGUACUGAUGAAAUCCUAGAAAUUAUUGCCACUAAAUGUCCUCUUCUUGAAGAAUUGAAUAUAGUGUCGAGGGUUGAUGUGUGCAAGUCCCAAAUAAAUGCUUCCGUGUUGAUCAGGAACGUUUCUGAUGUAGGUCUCUGCUGUAUAAGCAAUCUUAAGAAUCUACGAAUCCUCUCAAUGGACCCGCCGAGAAAUGAAAAAGCUAGUCGAGUAGGUCGGUGUGUGACACAAUCUGGCAUCAUUAUGUUACUACGAGAACUUUCCUACUUAGAAGAGUUAAACAUAGAGUCCUGCGACAUAGGUUCAACUAUUAUAGGUGCGAAUUCCAACAUUGGUCCGUUAAGUCUUCGAAAAGUCAAUUGUCACUUUGCAUCAGCUGAGGGUAUUCGUAAAUUAAUCAAAAUAUGUCCCCAUUUAAAAGAACUUUCAAUAACUCAUUUAUCUUCUAAUGAUAAAGAAACAAUUCUAGAAGAAAUCACAGCCAGUGAUUUGAGGUUGACCAAAUUGAACAUGUCCUUCUUUUCUUACACUCAAUCCUUACAGCGUCUUCUAGAAGUACAAGGAAGGUACUUAACACAUUUCACGUUAUGGGAAAUCGAUCAGUUUGUUAGUAUCGAUUCUAUUGUAGCUAUAGGCACCAGUUGCCCAAAUCUGACUUCGCUAUGUCUGAUGACUCAAUCUAAUAAUUUGUUUAUACCAAGAUUCUUCAAACGACCCGAAAAAAUAUUUUCGGAACUACGCAAUUUGACGUUAGGUAACGCAAGUUUUAAUCUAGAAGAAACGUUGCUAUUCUUCUUGGACUAUUCAAAAAAGUUGCAGAAGUUGACAUUGAAAUAUCAAACAAAAUUGGUCUUUGGGGAGAUUUUAUUGUGUAUUUUACAAAAGGGUUAUUUAAAAAAUAUUACUAAUUUAUGGUUGGAUUGUACUUUGGAAGUUUCUAAAGAUAUUAUUAAACAGAUUAUACAAAUGUGCGAUAAGUUGACGACUCUGACUGUAGAUUUUACGGAGGACGCGACCGAUGUUAUUGAAUAUAUAAAUACAAAUAAUCUUGAUUUGAAACUAGGAGGUUAC